AUGACAGAAAAGACUACUAGAGAUUAUACUCGAGCUCGUUAUUCAAGGCUAGCCGUGCUUCUUCUACCGGCAUUUUUACUCUGUGCGGUGACUCUAUUCAAGCUUUUUUCGAGUUUGCAGACUAUAUGGCAGCCUCACCAGAUCCCGGAUUUGCAAAGAGGAGAUCCAUAUCUAACGAUUCAAGGCGAUCCAUUGCAUGAUGACCUUGGCCAACCCGACUUGAAUCCUUCCAAGGAACAUUUACACGUUGGCUCGAAAGCCAUGGUUGCAAGUGAUGUCCCAUUGUGCUCAGCAAUGGGUAAAGACAUUCUACUUCAAGGCGGCAAUGCAGCAGACGCAGCAGUAACAGUUGCCUUGUGCAUUGGAUCUAUAAAUUCUCACAGUUCUGGUAUUGGUGGCGGGGGAUUUAUCUUGAGCAGACACAAGGGAAAUGUUCUAAGUAUAGAUGCGCGUGAAAUGGCUCCUGCCAAGGCAUACAAGGAAAUGUACCACGGACUGUUUGUGUUGAGCAAAAUCGGCGGUUUGAGUGUGGCGGUACCUGGCGAACUCAAGGGUCUUGAGGAGUUGUACAAACGCCAUGGCAGCGGCAAGAUGAGUUGGAGUCAAUUGAUUCAACCGGUGGCGGAAUUGAACAGAAACGGUUGGAUAUGUUCUGAAUUGUUUGAAAAAGUGGUUAGUAUUGAAUAUGACAUGGUAUUGUCAAAAGUUCCCCCCUUGAAAAAGACCUGGGACUUUAUAUUCAAUAAAGACCGAUUGGUCAAGAAAGGAGACUUGAUCAAGAGACCAAAUUAUGCAGACACGUUGGAGUUGAUUGCUAGGAAUGGAAGCAGUGCGAUAUUUUAUGAUCCUGAGGGACCCAUUGUUGAAUCUUUGGUUGAAUCAAUUACAAAAUGGGGUGGCAUAGUCACCAAGCAAGAUUUUGCCAAUUACAAACUCGCGAUUGAAGAGCCGCUUUCCACCAAUAUUGGCAACUAUACUGUUUACACAAGCAAUGGAGUUUCAUCGGGGUUGGCUUUAAUUGCAGGUCUAAACUUCUUUGACACUGUUUAUCAUGCCAAAAGUGAUGCUCAUGGUGUUGACGAUGACGAUGAGGAUACCUUGUUCAAUCACAAGUUGAUUGAGAGUUAUAAAUGGUCGAGUUCUGUUCGCACUAGACUUGGUGAUUAUGAUGGUCGCUUUAAAGUGAUUGAGAAUUUCACUUGCCAUGGGUGGAUCAACGAUUUAUUAGAUAGAGAUGGUUAUUCAGAUUCAACGACUUUCCCAUGGCAACACUAUGACCCCAAAUACGAGCUAGUUGAGCCUCAAGGAACAUCGCAUUUUGCAAUUGUUGAUGAGGAUGACAAUUCCAUAAGCAUGACAACAACAGUCAAUUUAUUAUUUGGUUCCAUGGUGUACGACAGGCAAACGGGGAUCAUUUUAAACGACGAGAUGGAUGAUUUUGCCAUGCCCAAUACAAGCAACGCUUUCAAUCUUACACCCUCGAUUUACAAUUUCAUCCAUCCUGCUAGAAGACCCUUGUCGUCAACCGCGCCCACAAUCAUCACCAACAACAACAAUAACAAUAUAACCGACUUUGUUAUUGGAGCCGCAGGUGGUAGCAGAAUCACCAACACCAUCUUGCAGGCAAUUAUCAGGGUCUACUACAAACAGUUUAAUCUCCUUGAAGCUAUAUCGUAUCCGAGAUUACAUCAUCAAUUGAUUCCCGAGCACGUGAUGUGUGAAAACAUCACCGUAUUCAAGCAAGAGUUUGCUGGAGUAUAUGAAAAGUUGCUUGCAAAGGGACACAGCUUUAUUGAAACCGGGGCAUUAACCGCAAUGAAUGGGAUUAAAAGACUAAGUAAUGGUGACUUGCACGGAGUAUCUGAUUAUUGGAGGAAAAGAGGUGAAGCAGAUGGUUAUUAG